UUUUAUUGUUUUUCGCACCAGUAGAUCUAGAUUCUAGGCCUUCUAGCAACACUAUCAUAUAUAAUGUGAUUUUCUUUUCUAAGUGUCUUGCCUUUUUGUGUGCAUUGACAGACGAUAUUGAUGCAAAUGCAUGAAACAGCUUUGGCUUUGACUUUGCUUGAUCUAUAGUAUUGUCAUAUAAUGCGGAAGACGUAAGAUCCUAAUUUGGUUAUCUUGCUUACGCCACACCCCUUCCCUAAUCAGAAUCACUUCCUGACUUCCUGGUCCUGAGCUUCUACUUGCGUGAUGCUCCAAAAUUGGUCAAGUCCAAAGGAGCCAGAGGGACAUAUAUAGUCUAGAUCUAGAUAGAUCAAUAGGACUGAGAACAUGACCACCCUGGCUGCUUCGUCUGUUCAGGAGGUCAGCACUAUUGAAAGUCACAUGAUCCCUAAUGACUCCAUCGUUGUGUUUGACUGGGACAACACUCUGAAGAUUGUGAACAAAGAAACCAAACGGAUUGAAAGUCGUGUAAACAAAGAGUUUCUCCGUCAUUUGAUAGGGGAAAGAGGCUGUGAGCUGUAUGUGAUAAGUGCCAUUCGACCAUCUCAAAUGAACAUGGACACAUUGUUGAUGGAGGUUGACAGGCUAGGAUUACGUAAUUUCUUCUGUCAGAACAGCAAAGGAAGAGAAAAAGGUGCCAAUGAUUUCCCUUGGGUUCGAGAGGGGAACAUUAUAAUUUGUGGCUAUAAUAAAGCUGAGGUGUUUUUGACUUUGAGGGAAAAAGAUAUGUCAUGCACAGAUGAGGUAGAUUGUGCUGAUGAUGGACAUUUGACCAAAAGACCGGUUGUGUUUUUUGAUGAUGAAGCAGAAAACAUUGAAAAAUUCAGCCAUAUUGUCAAAGAUAGCCUUUGCUAUAAAAUUGAAGGCUGAAUAUUUCUUUUGAAUCUCAGGAAUUGUAUGAUAAUAAUAGUAAUAAUAAUAUAUAACAUUUAUAUAGCGCAUUUCCAAAAAAAGUAGCUCAAUGCGCUUUACAUGACGUUUAAAAAAAUAUUUGAAUGUGUUGUAGGCUAGUCUUGUUUAGUUUAUAUAUAUAUUUUGUCCUAUUACAAACGUAUACUGGUAUUCUCCCACCGAUAUAUUUUAAGAUUUUUUUCUUUUCCUGAAGGCCAUUUGUUUCCUUUAGUACAACAACACUCCUAAUCACAAAAGCCGAGCUGUACAAUUAAAUGCAGAAUUUACCCAAGAGCCUGUUUCUGCCUUCAAGGCAGACAAAUAGUUGCUUCAACUGAUAGGCUACUAUGCUUCUCUUGAGGGUCUCUGUUGAGCAAAUUUUCAUUGUGUUCAAAGAAAUCAUAUAUUGUGCAUCAUGCAUGUCUUUUUAGGCUAGGAGUUUGGGUCACAUAUAGUUCUUGGGACUCAGUGGCUUGCUGACAAAAUGAUUUACUUCUCGCAAUCCAUAUACUGGCCAAAAAUCGACACCAGGGUCAAAUUUGUAGAUUUUUUUUCUCUAUUGAUACCAUAUACUUUAAGUAUAACAUGUCUUUUAUAAUUUAUUAUUUCUUACUUAUAAAUUGUAAAAAUUUAAUGUAUCUAGCAUUUGUGUUUGUCGCUGCCGCGACCGGCGAAUCGUGGCCGCGAUUUUUGCAUAUUUCCAACAAAAAAACACCGCCGGGAAGAAAAAAUAAUUUAAAAACAACAAAGACGAAUAGCAUUCGCGCAAAAAAAAAAAAAA